AUGGCUAGCAAUGCUAUGGCAGCCUUCCAAGUUCCAGAAGUCGUGGAGAAAGGCUACACUGAGCCAGAAGAUGAAGCUACUCUGUCUCAACCCCAGAAUGAGAGUUUGAAAGAUUCAAGAAAGAGAGACAAGAAGGCUCUCUAUCUUAUCUACCAAGCAUUAGAUGACAUUGGCUUUGAGAAGGUCUCGAGUGCAACCUCUGCCAAGCAAGCAUGGGAGAAGCUUCAAACCUCUUACAAAGGAGCCGAACAAGUGAAAAAGGUUCUUCUUCAAGUAUUAAGAGGUGAGUUCGAAUCUCUACAAAUGAAAGGGUCUGAAUCAAUCUUUGAUUAUUUCUCAAGAGUCUUAGCCGUUUCCAAUCAAUUAAAAAGAAACGGAGAAAAGUUAGAAGAUGUUAGAAUUAUGGAGAAGAUACUACGCUUGUUAGACCCCAAGUUCGAGCACAUUGUCGUGACGAUUGAAGAAACUAAAAACUUGGAAGAAAUUAGUAUAGAGCAAUUAAUGGGUUCGCUACAAGCAUAUGAAGAGAAACAUAAGAAGAGGCAAGGGAAUGAUGAGCAGCUCCUUAAGACGCAUGUUCAGUCAAAGAAGAAAGAAGAAAGCUUCGACAAUGAGAGAAGCCGAUACGGAAGAAGUCGUGGUCGAGGUCGCGGACGUGGACAUGGGCGUGGAUGUGGUUGGAACUUAAACAACCAUAGCAACUACGAAAGAGGAGAAAGCUCAACAAAAGGUCGCGGAAGAGGACGCUCAAACUCAAGGUAUGAAAAAUCUCAUGUUCAAUGCUAUAAUUGUCAAAAGUUUGGGCAUUAUGCUUGGGAAUGUAGAGCUCCAAACAGCAGACUUGAUGAAUUAAUAUAUUAA